CAAAGGCCCAAAUAUUUGAGACCUUUAAAAAAAAAUAUUUAAAAGUUUGGAGCAUAAACCCUAAUAAAAACCCACCCCCCAAAACCACGUAAUUAAACUUCAAUCAACGGGGUUUCCGUUAAUCGGUUAUUAAAAUUGGUCGUCUCCCGGUAUAUUUCCUUGAUUUUGGUACAAGCUGGUGAAAGAUAACGAACAUCAAAAGGUUACCUUUGUUCCAUUUGGUUUCCAGAAUCUGUACCCGGGUAGCAAUGGAGACAAAAAAGAAAAAGGGAUUGGAUAUUGAAGGUUACUCGAUUGAAGGGUUGUCAAUAGCAGGUCACGAGACUUGUGUAAUUCUCCCCUCUCUCAACUUGGCUUUUGACAUUGGGAAGUGCCCUCAGCGAGCCAUCUCUCAACAGUUCCUCUUCAUUUCUCAUGGUCACAUGGAUCACAUUGGAGGAUUGCCUAUGUAUGUUGCAACGCGUGGUUUGUAUAGAAUGUCUCCUCCAACAAUUAUUGUUCCAACAGUAAUUAAAGAAAGUGUUGAAAAGAUUUUUGAAGCACACAGAGCGAUGGAUCAAUCAGAGCUAAAGCAUACUUUGAUCGGGCUGGAUGUUGGGGAGGAGUUCCACUUGAGAAAAGAUCUGAAAGUAAAAGCAUUUAAGACAUACCAUGUCAUACCAAGUCAGGGUUAUGUAAUUUAUUCUGUGAAACAAAAGCUUAGGCCUGAGUAUGUUGGUCUUCCAGCGGAUGAAAUCAAGAAAUUGAAGUUCUCAGGUGCGGAGAUAACAUACACGACAACAUCACCUGAAGUAGCUUUUACUGGAGACACUACAUCUGACUUUAUUGGUGAUGAUAAUAAUGGGGAUAUGUUGAAGGCAAAGAUUCUCAUCAUGGAGAGCACAUAUGUGGAAGAUACAAUGACAGUGGAGAAUGCAAGAGACUAUGGACACACACACUUGUCUGAGAUAAUCAAGGAUGCAAACAAAUUUGAGAAUAAAGCAAUUCUAUUGAUUCACUUUUCAGCUCGAUACCAUUUAAAUGUGAUUGAAGAAGCUAUUUCUGCAUUGCCUCCACCUUUGGCUGGGCGUGUUUUUGCACUAACAGAGGGCUUCUAGGAUGUUUGAGACUGCAUUUUAUCUGUUAUGUACUCUUGCAGUUUAGCUAAUUAGUAUUUAGGCUUUACUUCCAAUACAUCCUAUGUAUUUAUAUACUGGAAUUGAAGUUUGUUGCUUUUAUUUUCAUAGGAAUCUUGUACACCA